AAAAAAUUAUAGAAAUAUGUAUACAGCACUAAAGAAUUUAUCUUGAAGGAAAAGGAGUUCAGAAAAGUUAAUUUAGUAUUUAGACGCAGUUAUAUUCUAUGGAUACCAUGGCAUGUAAUAAAGGGCAACAUGUGAGGAAGGCCAAGAAGAAGCAGGUGAAAGACGAGUUGGAUCGUCUCAAGCAGGCUGAGAAGAAAAAAAGGCGCUUGGAGAAAGCUCUCGCGACGUCUGCCGCCAUCAUUUCCGAAUUGGAGAAGAAGAAACAGAAGAAGAAAGAGGAACAACAAAGACUAGAUGAGGAGGGCGCUGCAAUUGCCGAGGCCGUUGCUCUGCAUGUUCUGCUCGGUGAAGACUCGGAGGAUUCGUGCAAGGUUGUUAUCAACGAUGAAACAUGCAAGACCUGGAACUGCGAUCGUAAUCUUGACAUCUUCGUGGGUGGAGAGAGAGCUUGCUUCCCUCAUCUAUACGGCGGCACAUGGUCUGUGGAAACAAGGGGUUGGGUCACUGAUGCAUACAGAUAUGGUUGCAAGUGGGGAGCUGCUGAAAAUGGAGGGUGGACAUUCUCAUCAGAGCCUCUCGGGAGGAAUGCACAUGAAAAACCACUAUAUGAAGAUGCAACAGGAUGGGGGCGCGCCGGUUUCUCCGCUGAUCUUAUCGCCGCACAAGCAGUUUCGUCACUGCAGAUUGCUGAGGCUGAUGAGGAAAGGAUUAUCUUCUGAGGAAAGAAGGGAAUGCUAAGACUGAGAUGGUGAUAAUAUUAACCGUGUUGUUGUGUUUUUGUGCUUUUUUUUAUUUUGCUGGAGAUGUGUGUAUAUAUUAUGACUAUACUAUGAGAGUCUUGUCAGAACAUUUCUUGCUUCAGUUGUGUUUGAACGCUUAACAUGUUGCUUUGCUUUGUCA